CAUUUAUUCAGUUCCUCACCAAUUGUUCCUGAAUACAUCAACGAAAGUCUCAACAUCUCCUAUUGGCCGCACAUGGUCGACUCGGUCUAUCUCUGCCAGCAGAGAUGCCGCAUCAAGAUGGCCCAACGGCCGACGACUGGCCCGAAGAGCAGUUCGCCCGACAAACCACCAACAGCACCGGUCAUGGGCGGACUCCUCGGCGUGCGCAUUAUCGUGAGAGGGGACUCAACACUGGAGUCCGGGUAAUGGACAAUGGCCGCCUGGACAUCAAGAUCCGCGAACGCAAACCCUGGGUAUCAAAAAUCAUCAAACACCUCCAACAGCAACCCGAACCGCUCCGCGAAGAGCGCAAACCAUCUGUCUGCCUCAUCGAAGACGGGAAACCCCCCUGCGCCCUAAAACUCAACAUUGUCAUCCAAGUCGUCGGCUCCCGCGGCGACGUUCAACCCUUCCUUGCGCUGGGCAAAGUCCUCAAAUCCCACGGUCACCGCGUUCGUCUCGCCACCCAUCUCGCCUUUCGUGAAUCGAUUGAGCAUGCGGGUCUCGAGUUCUUCGAUAUCGGCGGUGAUCCGGCCGAGUUGAUGGCGUUUAUGGUGCGGAAUCCGGGCUUGAUGCCGCAUAUGAGUACCUUGCGUAGUGGAGCUAUCCCGCGCCGGAGACGCGAAAUGAAGGCCAUCUUCUCGGGAUGUUGGCGCUCGUGCUAUGAGACGGGCGAUGGGACUGGAAUGCAUCAUAUUCCGGACGAUCCGUGGAGUGAGACGGCGGAUUAUCGUACGAUGCCGUUCGUGGCGGAUGCUAUUAUUGCGAAUCCGCCGACUUUUGUGCAUUUGAGCUGUGCUGAGAAGCUGGGUAUUCCAUUGAAUAUGAUGUUUACAAUGCCCUGGUCGGCAACACAGUCUUUUCCUCAUCCGCUGGCGACUAUCCGCACAAAGAACACGAAGCCCUCCGCCGCUAAUUUUGCUUCGUAUGCCAUUGUUGAGAUCCUCAUGUGGGAGGGCCUGGGAGAUCUAAUCAAUUCUUUCCGAAAGCGCGAUCUCGGGCUGGACCCUUUAGACGCUAUUCGGGCACCGAGUAUCGCACACCGAUUGCGCAUUCCAUACACUUAUCUCUGGUCACCAGCCCUCCUCCCCAAACCCGGAGACUGGGGAGACAAUAUAGACAUUACCGGCUUCUCAUUCCUGUCUACCGCCUCAGACUACACACCCCCCGACGAUCUAGCCAACUUCCUCGAAUCCGGCCCUCCUCCGAUUUACGUCGGCUUUGGCUCCAUCGUCGUAGACAACCCGGGCUCACUAACGAAGAAAGUCUUCCAAGCCAUCCGCGACAGCGGGCAACGGGCGGUUGUCUCCAAAGGAUGGGGUAACCUCGGAGCAGACGAAGACGAAAUCCCAGAGAACAUCUUCAUGAUCGACAAAUGUCCACACGACUGGCUCUUCCAGCACGUGUCCUGCGUUAUCCAUCACGGAGGAGCGGGCACCACAGCCGCCGGGCUAGUACUGGGUCGUCCGACCAUCAUCAUCCCGUUUUUUGGCGAUCAGCCGUUCUGGGGCUCGAUCGUGGCUCGCGCUGGCGCUGGCCCGCUGCCUAUCCCGCAUAAGCAGCUAACGGCGGAGAAGCUAACGAAAGCGAUCAAACAGGCUCUCGAGCCAGAGACGUUAGAAAAGGCGAAAGAAAUAGGAAGAGAUAUGCGUAAGGAGCGGGGGGUGCAAAAUGCCGCUGCUAGCUUUUAUCAACACCUGGAUGUGCAGACUAUGCGGUGCUCUCUCUGUCCAAAUCGGCCGGCUGUAUGGUGGGUGAAGCAUUCGCAUAUCAAGCUGAGCACAUUUGCUGCGGCGGUGUUGGUGGAGACUGGUUUGAUUAGUCCACGGAAUGUUGUCCUAUAUCGUUCACGCGAAUACGACACCAAUCGAGAUCCUAGGGGACCAUUGUCAGCCGGGGCAGAGGUUCUCUAUGGCAUCGUCUCGGGUUUCGUCACCAGCAUCGCGGAGGCGCCUAGCGGAAUGCGAGGCAUAUUCUCGACAACACAUGAACGUCGACUCCAUCACAAACAUGAUUGGAAGAAAGGGCUUCAUCCUUCCUAUCUCGAUAAAUCGUCCUCUCACCGGCACCGCCGUGGGCGAACAGAGACGUCUCUCGAUUCGGGUGUCGGGGCUGAUGUGAUCCCCAAUGGUGACAACCAACGUUCAGUAUCGGCGGAUCAGAACCAAUUUGAGAAUGGUGAGCGCGAGCAACCCUCCUUCAACGAGAACCCUCGAGGUUCAAUCGAAUCCGACGAAGCCUAUCAUUCCGCUGGGGAAGAUAUCAACCGAGAUCAGGCUAUUCCCGACCGACAGCAAAAUGGAGACGGAGCCACCAACAGCCCCAGCGGUGGUGAUGAAUCAUCCAGCCCGCACACAAGCAGCUCUGACACCGAGACGUUCGACACAACGGAUGAUGAUAUGGGCGCAGAGCUUGAUCUCGAGCGAACCAUUACUCGUUUGCGAACGAGGGAAAUGUCUCAUACAAAGGAGAUCCUAGCUGAGACGUCGUAUCAUAGCGCCCGUGCGACAAAGCAUGUUGCGAACUGGCUUAUUAAAUUGCCUACGGAUCUGACUUUGAGUCUGACGAAGGGGUUUCACAAUGCCCCCAAACUGUAUCAUGAUACCUUGGUGGAGGAUUCGCCACGAGUGCUUGGAGUGAGGAGCGGGUUCCGCGCUGCUGGAACGGAAUUCACGCAUGGAUUCUACAACGGCAUUACCGGACUCGUCACACAACCUGUGGUCGGGAUAGAAAAGUCCGGUGCAAGGGGAUUGCUGACGGGUAUUGGGAAGGGCAUAGGUGGUGUCUUUUUCAAACCCACUGCUGGCCUCUGGGGUUUGGCAGGCUACCCACUAGAAGGGAUGCACAAGAGUCUCCGCAACUCGCUCUCGAAGAGCAAGACGAAAGAUAUACUAGCUUCGCGUAUGCAGCAGGGUAUUGAGGAGAUGUGUGCGGCUACAACGCAAGAACGAUCUGCGGUGAUCCAGAAGUGGCACGAGUUGCAGAGGGCGGGGCUGGGACAUAUGAGUGAGCGCGAGCAUGAGCAUGGGCAUCAUGGUUCGUAGGCAGAUAUACCCAAUGUAUUAUUAUUAUUAUUAUUUUGCUAUUUUCUCCGUGUGAUGUACAUUCACGUUCUUGGUGUAUAGCUAUGUAAAACAAAUGUAUACUAGGUGUCUAUGGC